GGAGUAGGCUGGAUUGUGAUAGCGACAGAUGUCUAGAAAACUGUGAGGGGCACUCCUCAUUUACAGCACAGUCCCAGGCUGCACCUCGGAGAGCAGGGGCGGAAUCUGCAGCUGUCACUCCAAAGGUUUACCUCCAUUAGCACAUCCAGAAGGAGCCUGGAAAAGGAGCGGAUCCCUCUGCAGAACUACAGGAACCAACAUGGGAGGCAAAUUGAGCAAGAAGAAGAAGGGAUAUGAUGUGAGUGACCCUAAGGAGGCAAAGGCUGAAGCUGCAGCAGCAGCAGCAGCUAUUACUGCACAGGAGUCGGCUAAAGUGGAGGAUGCUGCCCUGCCCACAGAAGCAGCUUUGAAAGCUGAGGCAGGCAAUGUGGUUGAGGAGGCUGUGGGCUCAGCUGUGGCAGCAGUAAACGAAGCUGCAGGAGUUUCAGAAGAGCCAAAACCAGCAGCUCCAGAAGAACCAGCUCCUGCAACUGCAGAGAAAGCUGCUCCAGUAGAGGAACCAGUUGCUGCAGCAGAAGUAGCAGCUCCAGUAUCAGAGGAACCAGUUGCUGCAGCAGAAGCAGCAGCUCCAGUAUCAGAGGAACCAGUUGCUGUACCAGAGGCAGCUCCAGAAGUAGAACCCGUUGCAGCUCCAGUAGAACUCCCAGAGGCAUCAGCAGCAGUAGAGGAAAAACUAGAGCCUGCAGCUGUUGAGGAACUUGUAACAAGUGAUGCUCAACCUGAAUCAGCAGCUGCUCCUGUGGAACUCCCCACUGAAGAACCUGUGAUAGCUCAAGAGUCUGUCCCAGAACCAGAGGUUGUUUCUGCCAGUGCAGAGGGAGUGCCUGACACUACACCAGAACCCAUUCCAGAGACUGUUACUGAGGCACCGGCCAUUGUGGAAGAGACAGUGGUGUCUGCUACUGUCCCUGAACCUGAGCCAGUGGCAGCUGUAGAGCCAGUGCUAGAACAAGCUCCAGAACCAGAGCAAGCACCUAUACCAGAGCAAGUUCCAGAACCAGAACCAGAACCAGAGCCAGAGCAAGCACCAGAACCAGAACCUGAGCCAGAGCAAGCACCAGAACCAGAACCUGAACCAGAGGAAGCGCCGGUGUCAGAGCCUGAGCCAGAGCAAGCGCCUGAGCCAGAACCUGAGCCAGAGCAAGCACCAGAGCCAGAGCCAGAGCCAGAACCUGAGCCAGAGCCAGCACUGGAGCCAGAAGUAGAAAAAGUACCUGAGCCAGAGGAAGUAACAGAGCCAGAACCUGAGCAAAAGGCAGAUACAAGUGAACCUCCAGCAGAGGAGAGGGUAGAGGAACCAGAGCCAGAAAGCAAAGUAACUUCAUCUGACAAUGCAGAAGUCGUGAUUGGAGAAGCAGAAGCACCUGAAGUCUUGACUGCAGGAGAGGAGACCCCCACUGAAUGUCAGCUUGUAGAGGAAGAAACUGUUGCAACAAAAGUCUCUGGGACUGAGGCAGCUGAGCCGGAAGUAGGAGAACCUGUUCCAGAGAUCGUCAUCUCAGAGUCUGCCUCUGGAAAUAAUGGUGAGUCUGAAGAGGUACCCCAAGCCUCUGUGGAAGAGGUGCCCAGCCCAGAGCCUGUGGCAGAAACCGAGAUUGAAAAUGGAGAAUUAGAGAGCCCUUGUCCUACAGAGGAUGUGGUAGCCGUAGACGCACUCCCAGCGGUGAAUGGAGAGUGUGCAGAAUCUCCUGCCAGCACUACCACAGAGACAGAGGAAUGUGUUAAUGGUAGUGAAAGCCCAGAGGAAACACCUAUCAACAAAGAGCAGUGUGACUUAAAAAAGGACGCAAGUCUAAGUGGGGGUGUCCAGGAGGUUCCUGAUGCAGUGCCUGACAUGGUGGAGGCUGUCAGCACUGAGAUCAGCCAGGCAGUCUGAAAAUAAGCCAUCUUUGAAAUUAAUGUGAAAUCAGUUUUUAGUCCUCCCAUGGUUUGAGAAAGCCAUCAAGGUAUUGCAAACACAGCUAGGCUUUCUGACAUGCUGAAACCACUGCAAUGUCCAUAGUGGUAACUCAGGCAAAAGGAUGUUUUCUUUUGUGUAUUACCAAAAAUGAAAUGCAACACAGUCUGAGCAUGGAAAUAAGAAAGAGAGAGAAAGUGACAGGUGGAACAAGAUAGCGACUUCAGUUUUUUUUUCGAGGGGUCAGAGCAAAAAAAAAAAAAGAGCAUAAACUGAUCAGUGGAGCAAAAAUAUUGGACAGUAAUACUAAUGAAUUAAAUGAAUAUGUCUUUGUGUGUGAGCCAGAUUAUUACAAAGUGGGUUUUGGAACAGCAUUCAUUAAAAGUAUGUUAUCUAAUUUAGAAGUUCAUAUAACCUUUCUAUUAUAUGCAGAGACAUGACAUAAAUGUGUUGGCCUUUUAUAAUAACGGUACAUGUGAGGAUUGUUAAUUUUAAGUUGAUUGUUCGGAAUAGAGAAUAAAAAGAGAUUGUUAUAUCCUACA